AUGAUGCCCUUCCGCCCCAUUCUGCUCCUAGCCUCUCUCACCCUCGUGGCCGCUCAGCAAAACGCCACUGUUCAAACCUACAAAGAGUCCAAAACAUACACAUACUACGGGUGCUACAACGAAACCACUGAAGUUCAGGGCUCCGACCAUACUCGCGCCCUGUCCGGCGGCGCGAAUGAAGUCAGGAAGGGCGAGAUGACGGUACCAAUGUGCCUCGACUUUUGCAACAACGGAGAGAACGGCACGCACUACCGCUACGCCGGCUUGGAAUGGGCCAGGGAGUGCUGGUGCGCGCAGAGCAUCGCCGGCAUUUCGGCAAAGCUAGACGACGGAGAGUGCAACUUUGCCUGCGAAGGAAACAACUCACUGGCCUGCGGCGGAUCUCUCAAGUUGAGCGUCUACAGGGUGCCGAGUGCCGGUGUCAAGGCCAAGGCCUCGCCCGCCCUCUUGGCGUCUGUCUUUUCUGUCCUGGCUGCCUUCGCGUCUGCGUGA